AUGGGUAAAGAUGGACAAGCAGUAGCCGUGAAAAAUAGCGCAUUUCGGGUUUCAUCUUCAUCAAAUGAUACUGUAAGUAAUGAAUUAUCGGGAAAUAUUGAAGCAUCGCCAGCUACAUUUUUUGGUGCAUCAUUUGGUUUAACACAGCUAUCAGGUAGUGUAAAACCGGAAAAUUUAAUGCCAACAUUGCCCGAGCGUCCAGUUACACUUACAGCAAUGUCGGAUGCCGCAGCUGCGGUCGCUUGCGAUUCUCGCAUAAUCAGUGCUACACCAUAUUACAACAGUGGUUAUUCGAGUGCAAGUUAUGCUGGAAUGUAUGCUGCUGGUGGAACACAAAAUUAUUAUCCAAUGGUAUCUCCCUCAUUACGUGGAUCUGCUGCAGCUGCCGCAGCUACGUCAUUUCCAUUUGCCGCUGCCGCUGCAUCCCACGCUUAUUACGGUAAUGGUUAUACAUCAGCUCAUUUUGAUUAUACAUCUUAUCCGGCAACAAUGCAUUGUUACGGAGGUCGAGGUGGUUACUAUGGAUGUUCCAUUAAUCCUGUUUCACCAAAUUCAUCCUUAUAUGCAAGUUUUUAUUGA